AUGAUCAGUUUAGUGUUACAGAUCACCCAUUUGGGAAACAGCUAUCAAAGAGAGAAACAUAAAGGUAGUAGAGAAGAAGUCAACAACGCUACAGUUCAGAAGCUCCAGCAGAAAACACUCAACUGGACUUGGAAUAAUUUUAGGGAGAUGAAUGGGAGCGUGGAGAGCUGGAGGUCUCAGGACUUGCUUCCCCAUUCCAGGGCUUUCCAAGAGCGUGCAUUCCCGCCCCCGCGUUGCUGUCUGAACGGCGGCACCUGUGUGCUGGGCAGCUUCUGCGUGUGCUCCGCCCAUUUCACCGGCCGCUACUGCGAGCACGACCUGAGGCACAGCGAGUGCGGCUCCCUGGUGCACGGAUCCUGGACCGUCUGCGGCUGCCGGCUCUGCAGGUGCGUCUUCGGGGCGCUGCACUGCCUUCCGCGCCAGACACCCGGCCCCUGCGGUAAGGCCACACACAUCCUGCGCUCAUAG